AUGAGAAAUUUUGAUUGGGAAUGUAGAAAUUUUGAUUGGGAAAAUCAUUCGAGUGCAGAACUGACUGGCGCUGUUAUCCAACCUAUCAAUGAUGAUGACAGUAGCAUUGAUUCAACACAUUCUCAAGCAGCUUUAUUAUAUGCAAACUGCUUUUGGAUUACCGAUAGUACCGGAAACGAUAUCACUUUUAUGCUAAUUGUUCCUAUUUAUGGAUCACUAUAUUAUCAGUUCAAUUGGCAUCGAUCAAAUUGCGGCACCAUUUAUCACUUACAGCUUAUUUCACAGCAAAAUUUCCACGCUAAAAAAUUAAACGACGAGAGCGAAAUGACACAGGAGAACAGUGACGCAAUCAAAGUUGAAUAA